AUGUAUAUGAGCUGCCUAAAGGAAUCCAUGCAGGCAUGUCCGUCUUCGAACAGACGAGACUGGCACUGCCCAGUCUGCCUGCAGACGGCCAGAUUCCCAGUCCAGACGAACUGCGGCCAUUUGUUCUGCGCUCGCUGUCUUAUCACCUAUUGGAGGCAUGGGUCAUGGUUAGAUGCAAUCAGUUGUCCUCUUUGCAGACAGAAGGUCAGUGUGCUCUGCCACCUGUUCAACGAGACCCGAUCAGACCAGCAGUCAAAAGAAGUUCUCGAUGAAAUCACAGCCUACAACAAACGUUAUUCUGGAGCUCCACGCAGGGUAACGGACUACCUCUGUGAUACCCCCCUGCUUCUGCAGUUACUGGUUCGUGGCCUGGGCACCAUGGGAGGACUCGUGUGGCUGUUUCUGUUCAGGGUUGCCCUGUGCUGCGUGGGGACCGUGAUGUCCAUCUCCUCCCCUCCUCUGGAUGCCGUGUCUUCAUCGAGUACCCUAGAAACAGACCCCUCUCUCUGUGGACUGCUAGGUCUCCUGGAUGACCUGGUGGUGGUCAUCCUGCUCCUUAUCUGCGUUAUCAAUAUCAACCAGCAAAUAACACCAGAGAGAGGACAACCUGGAAAUGCUACAACCUCACAGGGAGUGAUGGGAGAUUCACUUUAG